AUGUCUGUCCACAUUGCUGGAAUAGCUGCCAUCGUGGUGUUCUACCUCAUCAUUCUUGGAGUGGGAUUAUGGGCAGCGCGCAAAGCUAAACAGACGGGAUCUACUGCUAGCAGCGAGGAUGUGAUGCUGGCUGGCAGAAACAUUGGCGCCGUCAUAGGAAUAUUCACCAUGACAGCUACAUGGGUUGGAGGUGCAUACAUCAAUGGUACGGCUGAGAUGAUAGUGCGGAGCGGUCUCAUCUGGUGCCAGGCUCCGUUUGGAUACGCUUUGAGUCUCGUCUUUGAAAGGUUCACGGGUGAAAUUUUAAAAUGGGUGAGCAUCCCGUUUGCAUUCACGCACGAGGCGGUCAGUCCGAUCACCGUGAACGCCACAGAGAACUGGAUUGGUACACUGGAGACAGACGCGGUCGGCACCUACAUCGACACCUAUCUGCUGCUCAUCUUCGGGGGGAUUCCGUGGCAGGUAUACUUUCAACGAGUGUUGUCCUCCAAGUCGGCUCUCAAAGCCCAGGUGUUGUCGUUCAUCGCCGCGUUCGGGUGUAUCAUCAUGGCCCUGCCCGCGGUCCUAUUGGGAGCGAUUGCAGCCUCCACAGACUGGAACCAGACCGACUGGGAUGGAAAGGUUCCAUUGCCUGGCGACACGCUGAACCUGAUCCUUCCCAUGUGCCUCCAGUACCUGUGUCCUAGCGCGGUGUCCUUCCUCGGGCUUGGCGCAGUGUCGGCCGCCGUAAUGUCAUCCGCUGACUCCUCCAUUCUGUCGGCCAGCUCCAUGUUCUCACACAACAUCUACAAGUGUAUCUUCAGACAGCAGUCGUCUGAGAAAGAGAUACUGUGGGUGAUGCGCGUGGCCAUCUUUGGUGUGGGUGUGAUGGCGACGGCGAUGGCGAUCACGGUGACGUCCAUCUAUGAGCUGUGGUACCUGUGCGCCGACCUCGUGUAUGUGGUGCUCUUCCCACAGCUCAUCUCGGUGCUGUUCGUCCAGUCGAGCAACACGUACGGCUCACUGGCCGGAUACAUCACCGGGCUCUUCUUCCGACUCGGGGGCGGCGAGCCAGCCAUGGGCGUCGACCCAUUCAUAUUCUACCCCUUUUAUGACUACGAAAACAAUCUACAGUUGUUUCCAUUUAAAACGUUCUCAAUGUUGUGCAGUCUAGCAACCAUUGCCGCAGUCUCUUAUCCACUGAAAUAUUCAUUUGAGACGGGAAUAUUUCCACGGAGAUUUGAUGUGUUUAUGUGUAUAGUGAAUAUACCCGAGGAAAGUAUAGCACUGGCCACCAGGGACAAUGUGAACGACGUGGCUGAAGUGCCGAAAUACUCUGAAGCUAAUGGGAAAAUUAACCCAGCUUUAAAGUUUUCUCAAGAUGACCUGUGCGAUGAUGAUGACAUUUCACCUGAUUCUGUCCACCUAACAACGGACAAGAUGGACAAGGAAUCUACAGAUUACUAA